UACCAGUCGAAAUUACAAGUCGUCUGCAGGCCACAAUGAUCAAAGAAAUACAGAAAUAAAGAGAUGAAAUGGAUGAAAGGAGAAAGAGAAACUUGAAACUGCACGUGUCACAUUCGUUUGAGGACAAACAGGUAGAUAAUUAAGACCGUUCCUAUUACAACUAUUUGAAGAACUGGACUAUGGACUGGUCAGAACAAGCUGGGACUCAUCAUUUCAAAAAAAAUGAGAAAGAUGAAGAAUUUGAGUUAUUACCCAGUACUCCCAACACUCCGUUGAUUGGAUCGCCGUCUAGUAAUUCUGGGACUAGCCCUUCACUGCAGACCUUCUCAAGUGUUAGAAAUCCACAUUCUAUAUCUGGAGCAUCAAGUCCGUCUAUAGAUAGUAAUGUCACAAGUCCGCAUGUUGCAGCAUUACAGCAAUUGUUUAAUCAACGUCAAACAAGCGUUGUACAUGGAAGACAGUCGUCUCAUAACUCUCAUUCUUCAUCGCAACAUACCGGCAAUGUCAGCUCAAUACAUUUUGCCGAGGAAGACAAGCAUGAUGGGAAAUUAUCGAACUCGUCCUCAAGGUCAUCAUUUUUCUUGCCAGACCAUUACGAUGAUGUUCAAAGAACUGUUAAAUCUAUGGGGGAAAUUUCUGUCGACACACAAGAUAGUGCUACUUACCAGAAUACACCAUUCCCAUGUGGUAAUAUCAGAUUUGCCGGAAAACGAGAGGAGGGUGUUGAGUUAAAGAAGCAUUACGUUUGUGUUCCAUGGGACUCUGCUCCAUAUGAUCUGACGUUUUUCAUGGAUAAGUUUUGGAACAUGAGAAGUCCUAAGAUUGUUUUAUCCAUCAUCUCAGGUGUACAUCAUUUCAAAGUUUGGAAGAAUCCUCGAAUGAAGGACCAAUUUAAGAAAGGAAUCAUAAGGGCAGCCAAUAGAACAGAAAUGUGGGUAAUUACAAAUGGAAAUGAUGAUGGAGUCUCAAGUAUGAUCGGCGAGGCUGUAAAAGAGGAGAAUAUUCUGAGAGCUAACAGUAGAUAUAAUUUGAGUCAGCUCAGACCUGAUGCGGUAAAAAAGUUCCACAAACUGACUAUGAUAGGUGUCAUGCCAAAACAUAAAAUUUCUUAUCAACAUCUACUGGAUGGUUCUGAUUGUAUCAAUGUAACCAACGAAGGAUGUAAAUUUAAGAAAGACAUAUAUGAACUCAAUCCUGACCACACCCAUUUUAUCGUGGUAGAAACUGAGACGCCAGAUGAUAAAGAAAAGGUGCAAUACGUUGAAUUCCGCUUUAAUUUUGAGAGGCAGUUACAAUGUCAGCUUGGAAGACCUAGACGUUAUAAACGGCUUUUAAGUUUUGACGCUAGGUCCAUGAGUUCUGAUGAUGAGACCUCAGAAAUAAUUGAGCCAACAACACAGCCUAUUCCAGUGAUUGGACUUGUCAUACAGGGAUCGCCAAGAGGGAUAGAUCUAGUUCUCUUUUAUCUAAGGAAUAAAAUGCCGAUUGUUGUGGUCAAAGGAAGUGGUGGAUGUGCUGACCUCCUGGCUUACGCAAUAGAAGAAUCACAAGAAAGACCUGAUGGUGAUUAUGAAGAACAUCAUUUAAAACCAGAAUUGCUGAAGAUGAUUGUCCAUACAUUUCCUAACACCUUCAAAGAAAAUGAUUUUGCAAAGAAUGUACUGAGAGACAAAAUUCUAGAAUGUGUGUCCUUGGCCACAGAAGAUGAGAGAACAUUUGUGACAAUUCUCAAUACCCAGGGUUGGGAUGCUAACUUAGCUGAUCUAGACAAGUAUAUACUGAAAGCUUUAUUCAAAAGUGAAAUAAAGAGUAACUCUAGGUGGAGAGAAAGAGCCUACAAAGACUUAACUCUGUUGCUCGACUGGAACAGACCAGAUUUAGCUCAGUCAGAGAUAUUUUCAUCAAGAGAUUUCUCUAGAAUUAAGGUUGACAAGACAUUAUUUGAGAAGUCCCUUAUGAAGACUGAGAGGGAAGAAUUUGUAUCUCUAUUUUUAGAUCAAGGAUUCUUAAUUCACAAAUACUUGAACCAUAAGCAUCUUAAGUAUUUAUUUGAUAAGGCUGAAGAUUCAGAAUUCUUUACAACAGUUUGUCUGGAAGGAGUACUUGGAAAGACUCAUAUAAUUCCAGAUCAGCCUUUACCACAGGAUUUUUUAGUGAAUGAUUUAAACAAACUUGUAGCCAAGUUGUCAGGAAUAAAGGACUUUGUUCAGCCUUAUGAAUUAUCUAUGAACUCUGUGGAACUUUAUGUGUUGGAUCCAGUAGUUGCUGAAAGAAAGGCUAUUAAUUGUCUCAUUAUAUGGGCUGUUUUGUUUAGUCGACCUAAACUAGCGAAAGUUCUGUGGUAUAGAUGUGAUGAACCAAUUCCUGUGGCUCUCAUCUGUAGUAACAUGUACAGAGAACUGUCAAAAUGUUCUAUGGAACUGUAUCAACGGACUGAAAUGGAGACCUGUGCAAAAGAAUUUGGAAUGAUGGCUCUAGGAGUGUUAGAUAUAAGCUACAGCGAUGUUAGUGCACAAGCAUAUGCUAUGCUUAGUAAACCAUUACCAGAUUUUAACAAUAAGAGUGCUAUAGAAAUUGCCUAUGAUGCUAGCUAUGGAAGCUUCAUUGCACAUCCAUGUUGUCAGAAGUGGUUAACAAGAAAAUUGUUUGGUUCUAUCCAAGUGAAAGAAUUGGACUGGGGAAUUUGCAGACUGCCGUACUGGUUCAAGAUUUUGUCGAGUGUUUUUUUCUUCUUCCCAAUGUUCUUUUGGAUUGUGUUUGGAAGAUCUGCUGGUUAUAAGAACAAAGGACUUACAAUGAACGAUUUGUUCCUGGUAGAAGAUGAUAUGUCAAGCUCGUCAUCUGAUGAAGAUCCAAUUUUACCAUUUACUAGAUCAGGACUGGUGAAAGAAUUAAAUGGUAUGAAACGAAAGUCAUUGAAGCACAAAAUUAGUGGUGCUUUAAAAGCAAAGAGGCACAGAAAAUUGCCAGUAUGGAAACAAAUGAAUUUAUUAUGGACUGCACCUAUUACCAAAUUUUGGAUAACACAGAUGUUUUAUUUCAUAUAUUUGGGUAUAUUCAGCCUAGCAGUACUGUGGCCAACCUGUGGAAAUCUUUAUCUAGAUACGGUUGUGUGGGUCUGGACUCUUAUUAUGCUUACAGAAUUAAUAAGACAUACAUAUGUCAAGCAUCAGAGACAUAAAAGCACGUUAUCAAUGUGGAGCUGUAUAGAAAUAUUACUUAUGUUUAUUUUUAUCGUGUUCUACCUGUUUCUGAGGAUUAUGCCACAGUGGAUCAAUUAUUCCGAUAUCUACGUUUCCAAGGCUGUACUUAGCACGGGCUUGAUCUUCUUUUUCUAUCGAUUACCACAUGUAUAUUUGCCUAUGAGUCCAACUCUUGGACCUAUGCUUGUUAGGAUGAACAGAAUGAUAAGAGUUGACUUUGUGUCUUUCGUAAGAAUGUUCCUGAUUUUCAUGAUAUCAGGUGGUGUAACCAUACAGGCAAUUCUGUAUCCAAACUUCCCACUAGGAGUUGAAUUGAUGAAGAGGGUUCUGACCAGGCCUCUGUUUGCUAUGUUCCUUACACAGAUUCAUGACUUGGAUGGAGAUCCAGAUUGUAGUCCACAUUAUGCCAAUUUGACAACUAGCUACUGUGCAACUGAUGCCUUCCACUUCAGAGGUUCUCACAUGUACAAGCCUGAACCACUUGUGGAACCCAUCCAAAAGUGUCCUAUGUCAAGUUUGGGUGGUUAUAUCAUUACCAUACAGUAUUUAUUGAUUUGUAAACUUGUCUUAGUCACACUGCUGUUUGCAAUGUUUGCUCUCACGAUAACCAAGGUAGACCUUGAAGCUGCUGAGAUCUGGAAGUUCCAACGAUACAUGAUAAUUAUGGAUUUUGAGGACAGACUAUGUUUUCCACCACCAUUUACCAUCAUCAACUACCUCUUUAUUUUUCUAACUUUUAUACAUCGACUUUUAAAAGGCUGCAUGAAGAAAUGUUCUGACUUUUGUACAUGUGAAAAACUGCAUAAGACGAAGAAAUCAGAGAGUCAUAAAAAGACCAAAAGGUCGGAGGAUUAUAAUUACUGGAAGAAAUGCUCCCAUGAUUAUGUUAAUGCAAAGGAGGAAAAACUUCAAAUGGAAGAUAUACCAAAGGUACAAGCUGAAAUAUUACAGAAUAUGCAGGAUGAUUUGAGAUUCCAAAAGAAGACUAUCAAGAGAAUGACAGAUAGAAUAUUUGAAUUAGAGAGAAUGAUUCAAUCCAGUAGGAUGUAUCUAGAGAAUAUCUCACAUAAACUGGACAAGUCAGAUGUACUUGGAGUGUCUACAGUAAAAGGUCUACUUGUUCAUGUGGCUGCCAGACAAUCACCUUACCCAGGAACCACUGUUGCCAGAUUCCCUGUCUUUGAUAAAUAUGUUCCUUGGGAGCAACCAUAUGAAGUUUAUGAUGCCAAAAUAUACACAAAGCAAAGAGAUUCAUUCAGUGAAGAUGAAAGACUGUAUGUGGAUGAAGAUAUUAUACUCAUCAAACAACAGCGACAAGCACGUAACCUGUUGUCAGAGGAAGAAAGAGCAGAAUUACCUCCCUUACCUUCCAUUAAUAUUGUGUGGAACAAGAUUGUGACAUCGAAACUAGAUGUAGGAACACAGAUGUAUGAUAGAAGGUCUUGGGUGAUGCUGGAUAAUCAGAUCUGUAGAUAUAAAAUUGAUCCACUUGGAGUUCCUUUGAAUCCAAUGGGAAGAACUGGUCUGAGAGGGAAAGGUGUGUUAUGGCGUUGGGGUCCAAACCAUGAGAUCUUGGCUGUGUGUACACGAUGGAGGAGGAUUGAUACACUUGAAGGUCAACCUCAGGGGUAUCUCUAUGUAGAAGGAAAGAAAGUAUUGGAAUUUAUAGCUGUCAAGAAAAAUGACGAAAGUGAAGACAGCUGUUUUGGUUUACCUGGGGGAGCUCUGCAUGGUUUGAUUUCCCCAUACAGUACUUUAGUGGAAGCUUUUGCUGUAGAAGUGUUGGAUGAACAUACAUUUGAAUGUAAACCAAACUUUGACCAAGGAGAUCUUAUUCAGUACUUUUCCCAGUUUGCUGCUCCUAAUUUAGGCAGUAUAGGAAAUAUAGCAUCUAGAUCUUCAAUUAAUUUUCCCAUAAGAUCUCUAUCCCAGCCAUGUGUAGCAAGUUAUGCCACUUCACGUGCUGGAUCAAAGACAAGCUUACGGACAGAUAUUGAUUCCUCUGGAUUUAGUGCUACUAUGUUGUACAAAGGAUAUAUUGAUGACCCGAGAAAUACAGACAGUGCCUGGGUAGAAGCAGAAGUUUGGAAUUUUCACUACGAUUCAUCUGAUACAUUUGAUGUAAAAUUGCCUGAGGAAACUUCCAGAGUAACAUGGAAAGAAGUAUCGCCCAAUGUGAAGAUAUUUGGAAAUGAAGGUGUAAUUGUUCAGGAAGCUGCUAAAAUUCAAGAUGCUUAUUAUUAAUGAAUCAUGACUUCUAUGUGUAUAAAUGAUUAUUGCUGUCUCAAUUUAUUAUAUUUUUAAGUUCAAGGGGAUUUUCUAUGAAAGAACAUGUUUCAUAGAUGAUUUCAUUAGUGUAUCAGUAUCACUAUACAGGAAAAUGGAGGAUAGGAGUCACAACAACUGCAACUUCUCCAUUCUUCUCAUUGUUUUUUAAUCUGAAAUAAGGCCUGGAAUACCUUCCCCUUUUCCUACUUGUCCUUGUAAUCAUUUCAUUUUAUUGUUUUCUAUUUAUUUUAUAAUUUAAAAAAGCCCCCCUUUCAAAACUCUGAAUUGCUAAUUUUAACUCAGUCACCAUAUCAAGACAGAAAGUGGUGUAUGUUUAUUGCCAGUAAUUCAUCAAACGCUUUUGCAACAACAAUGCAAAGGUAGUUUUGAAAGUUUUAGCAUAAUAUUUUAUAAAGCAUUUGUUUUAAGCAUAAUUGUUAGAUUUUCUUCAAUAUUGAUAACUUAAUGUUUUUAUGCCUACUUUUUUUUAGUUUUAUUUUUGUGUGCAAAAUUUGUUUUUUGUUUUUUGUAUGCAAAAUUUGUUAGUUGUUUUUUUUUGCAUAAUUUGUUAGUUUUUUGUGCAUAAUUAGUUGUAAAUACAUUUUUUUAAUAUGCUAUACUGUUAAUAAUGUUUUUAAAGAUUAUGUAAAUGAUUCUUUAUUGAUUGAUGAUUGCUUACUACUUAAUAAUGAAGGUGCUGGUAUGAAAUUAGUGUAGUGUGAAACACAGUUGUAGUUUAUUAACAGGAUCUCUUAGUUUUAGACAUUAUAUAUUUUUCACGACCAUUUUUUUUAGCCUAGCCUAUUAAACAAGACAAUUCAAAAUAAUUUUCUCAGACACAGAUGUUGUGUUUUUGAAGUUGUUACCCCUUGUGUAUUUUCUUAAUAAAGGAAAACUUGUAUGUUUGUGGAUAUUUGAUUUCAUGGUUUUGCGGAGGUCUGCAUACAAGCCUAUUUCUAGUGAAUUUGUCAUUUGUUUAACAUUUUAUUUCAUGGUUCACCUGUAACCAUGAAAUCCACUAAUAUGGGUAUUCAACGAAUAAUAAUGAAUUCACAAUAUACUGAUCGAUUAUUGCUAGUGUAAUGUCUUUGUGAAGUAUAAAGCCUGCAUUUUGUUUCUGAUGAACUUUGUAAAAUUGACAAUUUUUUUAAUAUCAUUUUUGACAAUUUUUAAACCAUAGUUUUGAAGAGCUAAACAUUUGAUAUAGUUGCAAUUGUAAAGCUAGUGUAUCACAAAAAUUGGAAUUCUUUCACUUUGCCUGUAUUAUAAAAUUUUAUCAUUAAUCAUGUAUGAGACUUCAGACAUAACUGAAGGUGAAAGUCACUUAUGUGCUUUUCUUUUCCCUUUUGAAACCAACAAUAUAUACAACCUCAGAUACAAUGUUUUACCUAGAAAGUUUUGCUUGUGAAGCUGUUAAAAGUAACCUAGUAACGAAAAAAGAAUAAAAGUAAAAGAAAUGAGAAAUUGGUGUGUUUUUAUGAUAAUUAUUGAUUUGACAUUGUCUUGACUGAUUAUAAAAAUAAUUUCAAUUUAUUUAGGAAAAAAUUGUAUAAAAUAUUGUUUAUGACAUGUGUUCAAAAACUGUUACUAAGUAGUGUCCAAAAAUAGUAACAAACUAGUGUUCAAAAGUAGUACAUGCAACAAAUUAGUGUUCCUAAUCAUGCUAAUAGUAAUAAAUUGAUACUUCCAAGUCUAAAUGUCAAAUUAGGGUUGAUCUCAUUUUUUUGUGUUGCCUAUGAUUCAUAUUAAAUAUACACACAUCUUGAGUGUGGGUUUGUGUUUGUUAUUUUUCCAUUGUUCUUGAACUGAGUUUGAGUGGUAGACAAAUAACCAGCUUUUUACAAAUUUUUUUAUUUAUUUUUGUAAUCAUCAGGAUUUAUCUAGCUUUAUAUUAAUUAGUAAUAGGACAAUUUUAUUUCAAUAAUAGUUUAUAGACCUUGAUCUUAAUAACUUUCAAAAAAACAAACAAAAACUAUUUCCGUUAAACAGGCAAGACUUUUAUCUGUGUCCACUCUUAUUUAUAAUUUGUUUUUAUGAUGUAUUUCAUUAUCCAGUUUCAUUGAAACCUUGGCUUACACAUAGUUUGUUAAUCAUUCUGACAUACAAUAUCAUAAGUCCUUGGACUAUAAAUAACUGUACAAAAAGUGCACAUAGUUGUUUGUUUAUAUAUUUCCAUUCAUGUAUAACUAUUUUAAGAGUGUUUUAAAGUAAAUCUGAUUUCGUUCAUACCUGCCAACUUUUCACAAUCUCCAUGGGGUUUUUACCAAUAUAAGUACUAUAAUUUCAGAAAUAAGUGCCAGGUAUUUAUUGAUGCGAUUAAUGUGACUGGGUUAGAAUAGCAAUAAUAAGAACUUGUAUACCUGACAGAUACAUCUGUUUGCAGAUCUUCCUUUCUAGCACAAUAAUUAAUCUCACUUUUUUGCCCAGUUUUCAAAAAUUUCAAAAAUGGAUGCAUGCAAUAAUUUCUGAAUUUACAGAAAAUGCAUAUAUACUUAUAUGCCGUAAUAAUAAUGAUAAUAUCUUUUUGGAGGUUAAUGUUAUAUAAUUAGGGAUUGUAAAAGUACAUUCAAUACCUGUCUUUUUUUAAAUUUCCAAUGCAAUAAAGCUUACUUCCUAAUGCAUGUAGAGUAAAACUUUGGUAUGGUUGCUUACUCUGUUUGUAUAAAUGUUUAUUCAAGCUUUGUAAUUAAGAUUGACAUCUUCAAACAAUAUAUAUAGGCAUAUUUUAACAUGUAAAUAUUAUAUUCAAAUUUGAUUGCACGGUAUCCCAAUUACAAUUGCACAAUUUACAAACUAAGCAAGCAAGCUAGUCAAAGUCUUGGUCUGCAUGCAUUAGGAAAUUAGCUGUAGGAGAGUUUGCAAGCCUGAUGUCUCUUGUUAGUACAGAUAUAACAUGUGUUUUCUUUGAAUUUUAUCAUUUUCUUUUAGCUUUUUUCUUUUAGUCUUGUUAGUAUUUUGUUAAGGGUAUGUUCUGUUUAUGUUCUGUAUUGAUAAGAUAAUUUAUAUCAUGUCCUUUUAUGAAAAGCAUUUUUAAGAGUUAGUGAUCUUCCUAAAGUUUUAAGAUGUUUGACUUUUACUUGAUAGAUGCAUUGGUUAAAAAUGAAUGAACAAAGGUAAUGAUUGAUGUGAUUGAAUUCCAAAUCAUGGAUAUAAUUUUAUAUUAUAUAUGUUAUUUGUUAUCCUUGCUAUUUUUAUAUAGAAAUAAAACCAUCACCAUUGUUUGUU